ACUGUGAGUAUUUAUAUAGCAUUGUAAUAAAUCAUCCUUGUUAUGCACCUCAAGGAAAAAAGCAACACAAAUAUAAGGAACAUCAUCAGAAAGAAGUCACCCACCAAAUACAAGAGAAAUGGAUGACCCCUACAUAAACAUAAAAUUUAUCCCUCCAUACAAAUUACAAUUCAAGGAUGAUUGCACCUAUUGCGGAGCACGCCGAUACUGCAAUGAGCCACCAACAUUUUGCUGCGCCAAAGGAUCUUACGACGAAGAAGAUUAUUGGUGAAGGACGUGAGACUAAUGGCCUGUAUCUUCUCAACACUUCCAUUCCUAAAGCAGCUGCUUGUGUUGGGAUUGAGUCACCUCUUGAGAUUCAUUAUCGUCUUGAUUCUGUAAAUGAGGGGGAGGCUUCUGGUGACAUUUUAUUUUACACUACCUCUAGUGCUACAACGCCCUCCACUGGUGUGCCUCCCAUCAUUCAGGUUUACUCCCGCAGAAAAAAACCAUUUACACCUUCAGUUAUCCCUGAAUCUCUUCCUGCCACUUUGACUGAUCAACCACCUACCCCUACACCAGUCUCACGCCCUGAGUCAAGCACUCCGUCGUUGGAUCCUAAUCAUGCUGAUGAUCUACCCAUUGCUUUGCGUAAAGAUGCCAUGGCACUUGUACAGCAAUUUGGGAAACCAGACUUAUUCCUAACAAUUACAUGCAACCCAAACUGGCCAGAAAUAAAAGAGUCAUUGCGCUGCGCAGAUGAAGCUCAAAAUAGGCCGGAUUUGAUAGCACAGAUUUUCAAUGGCCGAAUCCAUGAACUGAAAAUAGAUCUGUUCCAAAGAAAAAUAUAUGGGGAGAAGGUUGCCCCAAGGCUGUGCCAGACCAACAACCUCACAGGUGUUAUUUCGAAACAUGUUGUUGGACAAGUUUGCAGUGAAGGAGAUGUAACAAACAAGAAUGUUAAUCGUCGGACAGUUAAAUCCUUCAUGCUAGAAUUCCAGGAUUCCAGGAAUGGUCAGAAUGUUUCAUAUUCAAUAAGACGUGACGUAAGGAAUAUUAACACCACGGCCUACUCUUUCCCGGGAAUUCGAUCAGACCAGUACAUUGCUUCUUACAUUCUGCGUGGUCGCUCGGGGAAUCAUCCUCAAAUGAGUAGAGAUGAUGCAAUGCUUAUCUACGCCAUCUUGAAGCCGGUGUCAGUGAAUUGGGGGAAAUACAUCUUGAGCUACAUGAAUUUAUGCAGAGCCAAGAAGAAAGCCUUACCGUAUCCCAUGCUUCUCACCUUUCUUUUGAAGACAAAGGGGUUUGAAUUUCUUAGUACCGAAUCGGACUCUGAGACAGCUUUUUGGAGGAUCAAGAGGGCGACGGUAAUGAGAGUCAAGAUUGAUACUGAGGAGGAACGUGAGGAAGCAGGCCCUUCUCAUUCUCGUAUAGCUUCACGAAGUAACAAGGUCACAUUGCCUAUGCUUUUUAAGUCCCUGCAAAGCCUCCAAACCUCCUUCAACAACAUCCAGCUCCAACAGGCCACUUACGGUUAUAACUUGAACAAGAUGUUGGUCAAGAGUGGAGAACAAUGGGAAACACCAUCCAUGGAAGCGCUCGCACCUUACAUGUCUCAGGGUUCUUCUUCUCAAGCCGCUCCUUUUGAUGAUGAAGGUGAUGACGUUGAUGAGGAUGAUGAUGAUGCGGAGAAGGAGGAUGCUGACCACCUCGAUGCGACCAUGGAUGAGGAAUGAGUGGAUUGGGCAAUCAUUUUCUAUCUUUAGCUAUUUUUACUUAUGCCUUAUUUCUCCCUAUUGACUCUAACUUUUGCUUAAACCCUUGUGUUUUUUAUUAUGACUUUGACAUUUUCUGUGAUUUUACCCUCUCUUUUUGCUAAUGACAAAAGGGGGAAGUGUGGGAAUUGCUUGUGCUUGGUCAAGUGCACACAAACAGGGGGAAGUUGUUUUCUUGAACUUUUUCUAAUGAUUAAUUAGUUGCAUGUUUGCUUGUGUCUUGUGUGUGUUUAAUUUGUUGAGAGACAGGAAACCUUGUGAUUUG